CGUCACGCUGGAAAAAGUGAAGAUGGCUGCCCUGGAUGACAGCCUCACACACUUCCAGGGGCAAAAAUGGUCGCUAUGGGCCGAAAGACUUGGCUUGAGGAGUCCCGCAAGUGACGACGAGGACGACGACACCACGAAAACCUUGCGGGAGGCGACGACCACUCGGCUCAGGAAGGAGGAGAUGCCGAUCUAUGGUUACUGUCCGCGCUGGGAAGACUUCUACCUUGUGGUCUGUGACGUAUGUGGACACGCCAUAAAGCCUCAGGCACUUAAGCAGCACAUAGAACUACGACAUGGCGGAGUGAUCUCCCCCAUCAAGUCGUCUGGAGGUGCACGAGCCUCUGUAUCCUCUGGCAGCAACAAAGUGAGUAAAGCUCGGAGCCGCUCCCACACCAACCCUGUGGUGAAGCUUGAGGGGAGGAUCGACAGCGACGCCCUGACUGGGAGUCACUCGGCCCACCUCCCAGGGGAGUCGGGUACCAACAGCAGUGGCAGCAAUAGCAACAGCAGCUGCAGCAGUGCCGGCAUGAGUGUCGGCAGCAGCAGCAGCAGCAACAGAGUCGGAGGUUCAGCCGAUUCCCCGGGGUGCGACCUCCUCCCUUCCCCCAACACCCUCGCCGUGGCCUCCCUCAAGACGGAGGUCACUGGGGAGGAGGACAUGGACGGAGGGAUAGACCUUGUGCCCCCACCACAGCCUUUGCCCACUGCUCUGCCUCCCCCGGCCCCCCCAGAGCCGCCCCACCACAGUCUGCCGCACCCCCCCACACACGCAGGGCCGCCCUCCACCAUCGGCCCUCCCAGCAUAGGGCCGCCAAGCGUGGGGCCACCAAGCAUCGGCCCUCCAAGUGUGGGGCCGCCCAGCGUGGGACCGCCAAGCGUGUCCUGCCCCAGCGUACAGCACCAGGGGAUGGUGGCCAUGAGCGGCCCCUCGCCUACUAUGGGGGGCGGCGCCGUGGUGGGCAUCCCCAUGCUGAGCCAGAACGCAUCCAGCGUGGAGGAAGAAGUCAACAAAAUAUCAGCCAUGCUGCAGGCCGAGGCCGAGGCACUGACCGCCUCUCAAAAUUUGCUGCCCGGCCCAACCCUGGAGAUGGAUCCCAGCCUGGUGGGGUCACACGACAUCGUCGAGGCCCAGGGCCAGGCUGCCGGCAGCAUCGCCAGCGGUGGGGGAGGCCUGGCCGCCAGGCAGGGCAUGCUGGUCAAUUCCCAGGCCAUGGGGUCGGUGCCAGUACCCAUGAGCCACAUGUCCAUGGCCACCCUCAACCAGAUCCAGGCCGACCUCCUGGCCACCGUCAGUGAGUCUGACCUCAACGCGGUGCUCAAUGCCACGCCGGAGACCUCGGACCUCACGCAGACUGUUCUUCCUGGCAAUUCUCAGUGCUACUUAAACGAGAACGGUGGCCUGGCCUACGUGGACCAGCAGCAGGCCGCCGUCGGCCACGGCAGCUACGUGGACCACUCGGCUGAGCCCCCCGAGCUCAGUAUAGAGAAGGUGAUGCCACAGCGGUACAACAGCGAACAACUGUCCAUGCCGGUGCUGGAGCAGAUCACCAACGAGGUGCUGUCCGAGGCCGACGCCUGCCAGCAGAACCUGGAGGGGGUGGCCACGGCAGCGGCGGCGGCAGCGGACCCUCAGGGGCAGUACGCCGCGCAGUCUGACCUUAUUGAAGUACCUGUUGAAUCGUUUAGUUUUGACGAAAUAGAAAAAAUAUCAUCCCAGUGCGAUGAACUCACCAACGCUGUGAACUCCAUAACCCAGCUGUGUCAGGGGGGGAACACUGGCCUGGAGUCACAGCUGGCCGGCCUCCUGCAGCAGCCAGCCCCCACCCCCACCCCCUCCCCCUCCCUGAGUGUGACGGCCGCCCCGCCCACCCCUGCCCCAACCCCCACCCCAGCCACAGUCCCACACACUGUUGCCACCACCUCCUUGGGCACCUCCACCCAGGCCAUCACGGUGGUCCUGGGGGCCGGGGCGCAGGCGGCCAUCAACACCACAGCCUCCCAGCCCUCCUUGUCCAUGCCCACCCUGGCUGCCACUCUCAAGAACCCUGUGGUGACCUCCUGUGGCACACAGCUGGUCUCCCCGGGGCCUGCCACCUCCUCCUCCCAAGCCCACACCCCCUCCCACACCCCAACCCACACCCCGGCACACACACCAACGCAUACCCCAAGUCAGCACACCACAACCUCCUCCUCCUCCUCAUCUUCGUCAUCCUCAUCCUCAUCCUCCUCAUCCUCCUCGGGGUCGUCGGCCCUCACCCCGGCCCCACCCACGCCCUCACCCAAAAAGUCCACCAAAAAGAAAAAGCCCGGGGAGCGGAAACUGCUGCCGCUUAAGGACCGUGAGUACGACGCGGAGGUGCACUGCGGCGUGGUGGUGCAGGAGACGGGGAAGCCCUGCACACGCUCUCUCACCUGCAAGGCGCACUCCCUCUCCCUUCGACGCGCUGUUCCGGGACGCUCCAAAAAGUUCGACGAGCUCCUCCUUGAGCACCGAGCGGCCAAGGAGGCGCAGAGCAAAGCCACCAAGCCGCCAGACUCUGCCACGGGACUGAUCCAGGGCACGCCGCCCCGGGGGCCGGCCAUGGCCACCACUGCCAGCGGAGGAAUAGUAGGGGGGCCAGCGGCCACCUCUCCUCUUCUGGUUAAAUCUCUGGGGGGCACCGCGACCACCCUCGUGUCUCCUGGUGACCCUUCUCCCAACCCUCCCAUACACCACCCCAUGGACCCCCCCACCACCCCAUCGCACCCCGCGCCCCCCUCACCUGCAUAUUGGCCGCCCACCUCUAGGAUUCCUCCAGCCCUGGUACCUGCAGAUAACUUUUAUGUCCGAGAGCCGCCCAAGCCUCUUGCUACGUGUUCGUACAACUGCAGACGGUUAGGUGGUUACCUGGCCUCAGACCACCGAGCAGAUCUGCUGCGAAGUGCAUUUAGCACCGCCCUCAAGAAGCCCCACCCCGGCGCCGUGCUGGCCGACCCCACCCUGGGCAGCACCCUGGGCCUGGGUGGGGCACAGGAACGCUUUGUUAGCGUCAAGCCCCUGCUGGCCAAAAAGCUUCUGAAUGUGCCCUCGGGGUCGGGGGCCAAGGAGGGCAUCAGUGUCAGCAGUGGCUACAAUGGACACAUUCACAUGGGGAACAGCAUGGGCAUUGUCAACACCAGUGCAGUGGCAGCAGCGGCGGCAGCUGCUGCCACCCUUAAGCGGCCGCCAACGCAGAGUGACGCGCUUAAAAACAGUGCUGCGCCGACCCCCAGUGCCAAAAACAAAAAUAAGAAGGUGAAGACGAACGAUGGUGCUAUAAACAUUGUGGGCAACGUCCUGCAGCUCGAUGCCAGCGGGAACAAGAGCCACAUCCCCGUGGUGGUGAGCCUCCAGAACGGCCUCACCAACAACCAGACCAUAACGUUGAGUAAUGUGGCCAUCGCUGGCAUGAGGAACUCUACCACGCAACCCAUAAGGAUAAACCCCUCCUCGGCCGCCACCUUUGGCAGGGCUGACGCCGCGGUCACGGACUCGCGUCCCGGCAGCAGUGACGGUCAGAACAUUUUCUUGGGGUCGGGCAUCCCCAGCGGCAUUGUGAUAUCGGACGCCCUGGCCAAGUCGUUCAAAAGUGACGGUACUGGGAGCAUCCGAUUAGAACUGCACAGCAAUGCAUUUGGUGAUGCUUCUAGAUUGGUGACCAAUGCGGGCAAGGUGGGUAGCAGCGGUGUUACAAACCUGGUGGGCUCAGGCAUUGCUGGUACUGGUGCGGGUGCUGCCGCGGGGGGCACUGCGGGCAGCGUCAGCAGCAGCAGUUCAGGCGGCCUCACCACCGGCCCAGUCACCUACCUCACCUCGGCCGUGGCAGGGGGGGGAGGAACCACUGGAUUCACCAUCCAUCAAGUACAACAGGUUAUCAAUAAGCUACAAGUGCAGGGUAAGGGGAGCGGCGGAUCUGUGGGUGGGGCCGGCGGGGGACUCUCCCUCAAGCUGCUCGGGUCCAGCCAGGCUGGGGUGCCUGGAGCGAGAUCGACCUUUGUGCUACAGCAGGAGAAGGAGCCCUCCUGACCUCCUGGGACGGGGGGUCAGCCCUCAUCAGCCCUGCCCAUAAGUCUCUCGCCCGGGGCGACUGAAGGGUUCCAGGGGGCUCCGACGCAGCCCUCGGCCCUGCCUCAGGUGGCGACCGUCGCCGUGCCCUUCUGGAGCAAUAGGCCCGUGUGCCACAACAAUAAUAACAACAACUAUGUUAAAGUUCGUCCAGCUGGUGUCUGGCCCCCCACGUCGGGCGGAACUGUGCGCGUGUCCCAGGUGGAACCUUCGGCCAAAUCCAGCACAGCCCUGGCCACCAGUGGGGCCGGCAUGGCCAUGACUGGAGUGACGGACCUCGGUGACAUGAUGCCCCCCGUGGCCACAUCCAAUGCUCAGGUUCUGGUACCCAGUGAUACCCCACUCCUAACCCAGGACGGACCAUUGUACAACAGUGGCACAAAGAGCCCGUCUCUGUUAUGUGUAGUUCUUGAUGACUGAGGGGCCGUGUGUUCUGGUUGUUCAUUAACACUCACUACAUAUUUGUAAUGACGUAGGCAAGUGUUGCUCCCGUGUGCAGUGAUAUUGUAAGACAAUAUCUGUUCUUGUGUGAUAUUUAGCUCUUCACUAGUGUGCUCUAGUGAACCAUGACAAAAAUGGAGAAGAAUAGAGGCAAUAGUGCAGUUACAUUAGCAGGCCCUCCUAUACGCUUAAAUUUUGUCUCUUGUGUGAUACAAGUGCAUGCUGAAGAGACUUUUUUUCCUCUUUUUAUCUUUUUUUCUUUUUGUAUUUAUCUGUGAUGUUUUGUACUCUGGUGAGCUCUCACAGCCAGACUCGGGCGGGCCCGGACGCCCCCCAGCAGCUCACGUGUUGGUGCUCGGGGCCGGCAACACCCUCACACGGCUCACACGUGGAAAGUUUUUAUGGUUUCAAGAACUGGGUGGUUCUCACGCCACAUCAUGUAAUAUAAUGUUCUAGUCUUGUUUGUUACUUGUUUUCUCCAUGUAUCAAUGUUUUUUGCCCUCCCCCUUCAAUUAUCAUUAUUUUUUUACCCCUUCUUUUCAUACACACUGCCAUCCUUGCCAUCCAAUCUUUCCUACAGAUUACUUGUUAAAAUUGUUGAUGGUGGUCUGCACACAAACAUUCCCCGACAAGUGGUGCCCAGCCACUUGUGUGUCACCAUUUUAACACAGGCUCAUCACUCGUAGCAAAACUGACCUUCCGUACUUACGACCGCUGUGGGUCUCAUAGUCAUUACAGACUCUUCUCUGACUAUUAUUGUACCACUCUCCUUAUUCCUCUGUCAGAACCAUUGUGCAAUGUUCCCUGAUUUUAGGCGCGUUACUCUCGCUUUACGCUGGUUUUACUCUGAAAAUUGUUUCCUAGUGGACAGAAGCAAGAUCCUGUCCUCUUUUUAUUUAUAUGAAAUUUGUAAUAUUUUAUUAGCCAUAAAUAUUAACUACUUUUAGCUUCUACAUAGAUUCUUUUAUAGGAACUAAUUUAGAAAGGUCACUCUACAAUGAACGUAAAUUCUGGACUGUUGACACUGGUGCAAGGAGGAGCAUGUGGAGAGGAACCCUGGCCUGUAGGAGGACUUGGGGUGUAUGUGUGUGUGUGUGUUGGCCUGGGCAGGGGCUGGGUGGAGGAGGAGCCACAAGGACACAAACCCUAGGAUGCCCCACAAGGCUUCCCUCUUCACUGGUUCCUGGGGACAUCCCUCUAAGUGGUUCCCAAGAAUAUUUCCAAGCAAUAAUUCUUUGUUGAUUGGUACAGCAAAAUUUGGAGGUCAUAAUAUUGCUGUGUCUUCCCCACAAAAUUGAUACACUAGUAUUUAAUUGGAGUUGUAUCAUAAUAUUUAUCAUCCCUUUUUUAUCAUUAAUGUAACUAAAUUAAAUACAGCCACACACAUGCACUCUGACUAGCCCCCCUCCUCCCCCUUCCCCAUCAUUGCCCAGAGCAGGCCUCCACACCUUAGCUUCACAUUGCCUAUGGUGCAGGUUUCUCACUCAGCUGAACUUCCAUGCAUUACUAUGAUGUGCAGUGUUCACCUUUACCAUUACUGCACGUGUAGUUUGGGCAUGAGCAGCUGCCGUUAGUAGAGUUGUAAUCAUUCCACGACAAUGGUACACAAAAGACAUUCAGCUGGUGCAAUGUGGGGGUGCUCAGGUGGCAGCAAUCAGCGACAACGGCAGGUCGGUAGGUGGCUGCUUCAGAGGAAAUUUGAAGAAAAAGUCAAGUAGUACUGUCAGAGUGAAGUGAAAGACAACAAUAUGAGGUGGACUUGUGUAAUUAUAAAGGUGCAGUUUCCAUAUAAUUGUCAGGUGGUGUUCAGCACUUGUUUGAAGGCUGCCACACUGACCUGCUACUUUCAAGAGAUUGCUAGCCUGUGCUUUCCUCAUUUGUGUAGUUUGAUUCCAGUAUCUGUUCUGAUAAUUUUAGCAAAUUUUUGCCUUAAUCAGUGCUAAAGAAUUGAAACUGUCCUUCCUUCAAAACUGUAAUUGAUUCUUCUUCUAUCUCCAGUCACUUCAUAAUGUUGGCUCAGGGACCAAAACAUAUGACAAUUGUUUGCUGGACCGCCACCCCUUCAACCUAAUUCUUCGCACACUCAUCCUGUGCUCUCGAAUCAUUCAUGAAAUCAUCACAAAACUCACAGCUGCAGUGAGCCAAGGAAAGAUGUUCCAAGCCAAGCUGUCUCAGUGUGUAGAUCAAAGACUUGCUCCUUAUGCAACCUUCUUCAGAUCCAGAUAGACUUGUGAUCCAUAAACUUGUGGUCAAGUUCAAGUACCUGCACGUCAUGUCUUUUUGAUGUUGGGCCUUUAAGCAAGGGUGUGCUGGCAGGUUUGCAAGUACCUAAAGUGUUGCAGGAUGUUACUACAAUACUAUUUAAAUGGUAAUGUUUUCAUUUGAGAGUAAUAUAAUUGUGGUUGUAGGUAGUCUUCUGUUCUGCAAAGCAAUUUGAAAUUUUUAGUAAUUUACAUAACUAAUAUUGUGCACUGUGUGUUCUCUGUGUCAUAGUAUUUCCAGUACCUUUCAUAAAGGUUCUGUAUGGUGAAAGUAAUAACUAGGAUAAGCAGGAUCACAGUUACUAGAGACAGAGGAAGUUUUGGUUGUGUUCAAGGCAGUGAGACAGAUGUGUUGUUGUGCUUUUAUGUUAGAAUCUCAGUGUAGAGGACCAAGGUGGUGUCUGCUGCACAUAACAAAGAGGCAAGGCACUGUCUCUUUAAAAGUGUCCAAACUCUCUAGUUCUUAUAUAUUUUUGUUGUGGUAAUGAGAGAGAGCUACCUGACAUAUUACCUAGUGUAGGACUUGUAAGUCAAGGCAUUUUAUCUUUAUUACCCUUUUAUGUGACACAACCAGUUGCAGAUUGCAUGUGUUAAGGUUUUUCAAAUUGCCAAUCUGUACGCUGGCCAAUAAUUGACCUUUCAUAGGCUUGAUCUUUCUUAACUUGAUUUGAAUCUCACAACUCCAGGAACAAUACGAUUUGACAAUCAUACCUUUUGUUACAUUUCUUUCUUGUACUUCUGAUUGAAUAUUUCCUUCCAAUGAAAGUUCAUAAAGUUCAUCUAUAAUCUAAUGCCAUAAAGAUUGAUUUGUGACGGCCAGAGCUUCGUUGCAUCAGGAACAGGUAUGUAGUACUGGCAGGCUACUUACAUCACUACGGUGUUGUAGCAAUGGGGCCGUCCUGUGUGGCAGCCCCAGUUGUUGAGGCAUUAAUGCAGCUCCACCAUGCCAGUGAGCAAGGCCAACAGACACAGACCAGCUGAGACUCACUUAGAAAAGGCAUGAUGAAAGGGAGGUUUCCCGCUUCACAUGUGCCUGUUAGGAAAGAUUCACAGCAAAAAGUUCAGUCAUGAAGUGUAGUAGCUAACCGUUUACAUUUGUGGUCAUGAUUGUUUAUAGGUUGAAAGAACAAAAUCUUAAGUUUCAAUUUCAAAUUUUCUUCUUAAAAGCAGUUAAUGUAUGUUAAGCAUGAUUGAUACUGGUGGUCAGAAUUUUAGCUAGUGAGUGAUAAACGUUUGUCUUAUGUAUUUCUGUAUCAUUCUGGUCUGCUAAAUGUUAGUCAACAUCUGCCCACACGUACUGUUUCCUGCACACUGGUGGCCGGCAUGACAGUUCCUUCAGCAAGUUUUUACACAUUUUUGUACUUUGGCAAGUCUGGAGAGAUUCACAUGCAUUUGCUCACACACACACACCACACCACACCACACCACACCACACCCACACCACACCACACCAUACCACACCACACCACACCACACCACACCACACCACACCACACCCACCCACCCACCCACACACUCAUCCCAACCCCCCCACACAGAAGCCUGUACAUACGUAGCAGCACACAAACAAUCAGUAACAACAUCAGCAGCCAGUCUCAUUUUUUAAAGUUUUCAUGUUCAACUAACUAACCCACCUUGAUACUUUACCAGCCCCUUUUCAUCUACAGUGAGUAGAAUCAUAGACAAGGUACAAAACGUAACACUCUGGCCAACUUUGAACCUCCUCCCCGCCCCCCCCCCACACUCCUCCCGUUGGCACUACUGCUCUCGACAUUGUCUAUAUUACUGUCUGAUGGGCACGCACGCUCGCGGGUCAACUUCCCCCCAGUACAUUAUUUUUGUGGUGCUCAAAGUUGCCAGUCAUGUUACACUUCCAGUAUUAUCUACCACUUGUUCCAUCUCUUGCCACCUCUGUCUGUCUGUCUGUCUGUUUUUAUCAUGAUAGGCAUCCACCUCAUAAUUAUUGGUGUGAUGUUUAAAAAGUGUGGUUUAUUCCUUGAACUGUUUGCAAUGUUAUGUCUCCACAAGAGUAAUCUGUUCACUCUUUGCUACUUGUCCCUCCCCCAUCUGCGUGUCUCUUGCCCCUCCUGCCCUUGUGUCACCUUCGGCCAGCGUGUCGCGGACUCCUUCAUGGACCGUCAGCUUGGGAAGUCAGGAUCAGAAUUAUCAGCCUCAGUCGUAAUAGUUUCAUGUUUUGUCCAUACCUUGUGUUCUCUUGUAAUAUAUUUAAUUUUUUUAUCAAAUGGAUAAUUUAACAAAAAAAUUAUGAGUUCACAAAUAUUAAGAGGCUCAGGGCCAAAGGUGAGAUGAUCUUUCUUUCCUGAAGUGUUUGUUAUCCUUUCAAGAUGUCUCUUGCAGUGCUAUGGAUUUUGGAAUUUUGUUCAGAAAUUACUAUGACAAAGUGCGUACUUCUGUUUGGCGAGUCACUAACAUUGUCCUUUUACUCGGCGUCAUGAGUGAUGUUACUGACCAGCCCAGCCAAACACACAGCCAUCAAGUGUUUUAUGUUUAGUUGUGAAGGAGCCAGCCAAGGUUGACAUUUGUGCUUCCCUUUGUCUUACUUUUGUCACGUCCAAUGAACUGUCAUUUUACUAAUAUUUUCAAACAUAGAAUUUAGAAAGCCCAGCAAGCAGUAUUUUUAAACACAUGAUAUAUAUAUAUAUAUAUAU